CAUUUCCCUUCCCUCCAAUUUCCAUUAUAUACCCCUCCCCCCAAACUCCCAGCGCUUAACUCGUUCUCUCAAUAUAACGAAACCCUAAUUCGAAGAUCUCGCGAUGAAAGUCCAAAGAUUGACGGCAGCCACGACGAACAGCAAGCUCGCGGUGACGAAGAGGGGCGGGAAGAAGGUGAGGGAUCCGAACAAGCCGAAGAGAUCUCUGAGCGCCUUCUUACUCUUCAUGGAUGGCUUCAGGAAGGAAUUCAAGGAGAAGAAUCCUGACAACAAGCUCGUCUCGGUUGUUAGCAAAGCUGGGGGAGAUAAGUGGAAAUCUAUGAGUGAUUCUGAGAAAGCUCCGUUUGUGGCGAAGGCCGAGAAACUGAAGGCUGAGUACCUGAAAAUAAUGGAAGCGUAUAACCGAGGGGAGACGAUGAAUGGUGGAGCUGAGGGAGAGGAAUCUGACAAGUCAAAGUCUGAGGUGAAUGAUGGUGAUGCAGAGGAAGAUGAUGAAUAGAACUGGGACUAGCAAAGAGAACAUCCAAGUAGCUUAGACUGUGUAUGGUUCUUUCCCGUUAUUUUUUUUUUCUAUGGUGGAAAGAAGACUAGUUUUUAGGAACAGGUACUGAUUGCAAACUCUCAGUUUCUGAUUACUGCUUUGUCCUUCUGACUUCAAAUUUAGCUGUGCGUGCUUAUAUCUUACUAUUCGGAGCCUGAAAAUGGAAUUUGUUAGCUUUGUGAUCUUUGGGCUAUCCUAUGUUUUCUCUUGCACAACUUUUGCUGUAGGUGUAGGUAUCGGAUAUUCAUACUCUUAGAGCAUGUUUUGUAAUAGUAGCAUUCUUGUUGUUAAUUCCUACAUUGAGUUUCUUA